UUAUAUAUUCAUUAUUCUCAAAUUUCGAGUCAGCACAGUUCGCUCAAAAUCAAACUUUCUUCCACUUUUACAGUUCUAUCACACACACACACAGAUUCAAUCCAAGUCCAAUUCUGUGUGCGCCAAAUCCAUCUGGCCAUCCACUUCUCCUACUAAUCUGCCUUUCCCUUUUUCAAUCUUCAAGAUUUUUCUUUUCUUUUAUAUAAUCCGAUGCAGAAAUACGCUCGUGUUACCGCUUCACUGAUCACCGAUCUUCUUCGCCGUCGCUCCCGUCAAUCCUCUCGCCUUUUGUCCUCUACCCAUAUUCUCGAUCACCCCUCUUCUUCUUCUUCUUCCUCACUCAUGUCUUCUUCUUCCACUCACCCGCUUUCUGUCGCCACCAUUAACGAUAAGGUGCUUAAAUGUGAGUAUGCUGUCAGAGGUGAAAUCGUCACUCUCGCACAGAAAUUACAAGAAGAGUUAUCGGCAAAGCCCGGUUUACAUCCUUUUGAUGAGAUACUCUACUGCAACAUUGGAAACCCUCAGUCCCUUGGUCAGCAGCCAAUAACUUUCUUCCGUGAGGUCCUUGCAUUGUGCGAUCAUCCUGCCAUUUUGGACAGAAGUGAAACACAGGGUUUGUUCAGUACUGAUGCCAUUGCAAGAGCCUGGCAAAUUCUAGACCAAAUACCUGGAAGAGCAACUGGUGCAUAUAGUCACAGUCAGGGUAUCAAGGGUUUGCGUGAUACAAUUGCUGCUGGAAUUGAAGAGCGUGAUGGAUAUCCUGCUGAUCCCAAUGAUAUUUUCCUAACAGAUGGUGCAAGCCCAGCGGUCCACAUGAUGAUGCAAUUGCUUAUAAGAUCGGAAGGGGAUGGAAUUCUUUGUCCAAUUCCUCAGUACCCUUUGUACUCUGCUUCAAUAGCUCUCCAUGGUGGCACCCUGGUCCCAUACUAUCUUGAUGAAGCCACUGGGUGGGGACUGGAAACUUCUGAGCUUAAGAAGCAACUGGAGGCUGCCAAGUCCAAGGGUAUAAAUGUUAGGGCACUGGUGGUAAUAAAUCCUGGGAAUCCCACAGGACAGGUUCUUGCUGAGGAUAAUCAGCGGCAGAUUGUGGAAUUCUGCAAACAAGAGGGACUUGUUCUUCUUGCGGAUGAGGUAUAUCAGGAAAACAUUUAUGUUCCCGAUAAAAAGUUUCACUCUUUUAAGAAGAUUUCCCGGUCUAUGGGUUAUGGCAAUGAGGAUAUCGCAUUGGUGUCAUUUCAGUCGGUCUCUAAAGGUUACUAUGGUGAGUGUGGAAAAAGAGGUGGAUACAUGGAGGUUACUGGUUUCAGUCCUGAGAUAAGGGAACAAAUAUAUAAAGUGGCAUCGGUGAAUCUGUGUUCUAACAUUUCCGGCCAGAUUCUAGCCAGCCUUGUAAUGAAUCCCCCAAAGGUUGGAGAUGAAUCUUUUGAAUCAUAUAGCGCAGAGAAGGAUGGAAUACUAUCUUCGCUGGCAAGACGUGCAAAGGCACUGGAAGAUGCUCUGAACAGUCUAGAAGGUGUCAAGUGCAACAAAGCUGAAGGAGCGAUGUAUCUCUUUCCUCGUAUUUACCUGCCCGCGAAGGCAAUCAAAGCAGCUGAAGCUGUCAAUACAUCUCCUGAUACUUUCUAUUGCCGUCGCCUCCUUAAUGCUACUGGAAUUGUCGUUGUGCCAGGUUCUGGUUUUGGUCAGGUUCCGGGUACAUGGCAUUUUAGAUGCACCAUACUACCUCAAGAGGACAAGAUUCCAGCUAUUGUUUCACGUUUGACAGAGUUCCACAAACAAUUCAUGGAAGAGUUCCGCGACUGAGUACCUGCUGCAGAACCCAUUUUUUAAAUUAUGAGCUCUAUUUUUUGGAUGAUCAUGAUUUUCCAUUAUGAACUUCACUUCCCAAUUUCUCUCUAAAUUAAAUAAUAGUGUUAGACUGGUAAUUAUUUUUUUUGCUACCUCAAAAGUUGAAAUAUAGGGAAUGAAGGCCAAUCAAAUAUUGCUAAGAACUCAAAGAAAGUGACUUCCUAUUCCUCCUUCUCUUGUUCUUUCAAGAAACAACAAUAAUAUAAAUGAAAAAAAAAUGUUACAAGUA